AUGUCGGGAGCUAUCUUUGCGCCCCUGGAGGGCCUGGGCGCCCUGGACGCUGCGAGCGGCCACCCGCUGGUGUGCCCGCUGUGCCACGCACAGUUCGAGCGCCCGUGCCUGCUGGACUGCUUCCACGACUUCUGCGCCGGCUGCCUGCGCGGCCGCGCCACCGAUGGCCGCCUCGCCUGCCCGCUGUGCCAACACCAGACGGUGGUGAAGGGCCCCAGCGGGCUCCCUCCAGUGGAUCGGCUGCUGCAGUUCCUGGUGGACAGCUCAGGGGAUGGCACGGAGGUGGUGCACUGUGCCAACUGUGACCUGGAGUGCAGCAAGCAGGAUGCAGAGACCACGUACUUCUGCAACACGUGCGGGCAGCCGCUGUGCGCGCGCUGCCGCGAUGAAACGCACCGGGCACGCAUGUUCGCGCGCCACGACAUCGUGGCCCUGGGCCAGCGCAGCCGCGACGUGCUCCAGAAGUGCACGCUGCACGCGGAGCCCUACAUCAUGUUCUCCACCGACAAGAAGUCGCUGCUGUGCAUCCGCUGCUUCCGGGACAUGCAGGGGGAGAGCCGGGCGCACUGCGUGGAUCUCGAGUCAGCCUACGUGCAGGGCUGCGAGCGGCUGGAGCAGGCGGUGCUGGCCGUGAAGGCCCUGCAGACGGCCACACGCGAGGCCAUCGCGCUGCUGCAGGCGAUGGUGGAGGAGGUGCGGCGCAGCGCGGCGGAGGAGGAGGCCGCCAUCCAUGCCCUCUUCGGCAGCAUGCAGGACAAACUGGCAGAAAGGAAAACGCUGUUGCUGCAGGCUGUGCAGAGCCAAUACGAAGAGAAGGACAAGGCCUUCAAGGAGCAGCUCUCCCACCUGGCCACUCUGUUGCCCACCCUGCAGGUUCACCUGGUCAUCUGCUCUUCCUUCCUCAGCCUGGCCAAUAAGGCUGAGUUUCUGGACCUGGGCUAUGAGCUGAUGGAGAGGCUGCAGGGCAUCGUCACACGUCCCCAGCACCUCGGGCCAGCGCAGAACAGCAAGAUCACCAGCGACCACCGCGCUGAGUUUGCACGCUGCCUGGAGCCGCUGCUGCUGCUGGGGCCACGCCGGGCGACAGGUGCUGGGGGCGGCACCAACACACUAGCAGCAGGCUCAGGCCCCAAGGUGCUGAUGGGGCCCAGCUGCCCUUCCCCAGUGGGAAAGAUGGUGGGGUCGCCGGUCCAAAAGCCCACGCUGCACCGGUCCAUCAGCACCAAGGUGCUGCUGGCGGAGGGGGAGGAUACACCGUUCACAGAGCACUGCCGCCACUAUGAGGACUCCUACCGGCGCCUGCAGGCAGAGAUGCAGAACCUGAAGGACCAGGUACAAGAGUUGCACCGGGACCUCACCAAGCACCACUCGCUCAUCAAGGCAGAGAUCAUGGGAGACAUCCUGCACAAGUCGCUGCAGGUGGACACACAGAUUGCCUCGGAGUACGCUUCCCUGGAGGGGAUGAGAGCAGUCUUCCAGGAGAUUUGGGAGGAAUCCUACCAGCGGGUGGCUAACGAGCAGGAGAUUUACGAAGCCCAGCUCCAUGACCUUCUUCAGCUGAAGCAGGAGAAUGCCUACCUGACCACCAUCACCAAGCAGAUCACACCCUACGUCCGCUCCAUUGCCAAGGUGAAGGAGCGGCUGGAGCCCAGGCUUCAGGCGCCAGUGGACGAACAGUCGGAGCACCUACAAAACACGCGUGAUGACAGCGCCGACAGUGAGACUCAGGCCAGGAAUGACCCGGUGAGUGUCACAGAGAAGAGAGAGAAAACAUCAGAACCUAGAGGGAACGGCCGGACUCUGAACAGCCUCACAGAAGAGCCUCCACUGAAGAAUAAAGACCCUCAUAAACCCAGACAGAAGAACGGGGGUGAUAUCCCCACACGGAGAGAGCACCCGACUUAG